ACCAUCUCAAACUACAUAUGCGCGUUCAUACAAGACAAAAGCUGUUCAGAUGUGAAACUUGUGGACAAACAUUUACUCAGAAGUAAAGAUACUUUAAUGCAUCAUCAAGUAUUACAUACAGGCCAACGUCCUUUUGAAUGUCCCAUUUGCGGCAAAAGUUUCGUCCAAAAAUCAGACUUGCCCAGACACCUUCGCGUCCAUACAGGAGUGUAUAAGUGUCAGUUGUGUCAGGAAAGGUUUUCCAAAAAAGAUCACCUCGAUGAUCAUAUACGUGUUCAUAAAGGAGAAAAGCUGUUCAAGUGUGAAACCUGUGGACAGAGAUUUACUUAUAAAAGUGGUUUGACGAGUCACAAAAUGAUGCAUACGGGCGAACGCCCAUUUAAAUGUCCGACUUGCGGCAAAGGUUUCAUCCGAAAAAUAGACUUAAAUAGGCACGUUCACGUCCAUACCGGACAGUACAAGUGCCAAGUGUGUCAGAAAAGAUUUUCUGUAAAAGUACAUCUUGAUAAACAUAUGGACGUUCACACAGAGUAAUCACGAAUGUAAAAUUCUUUUUUCUAAAGAACACACACCUGCAGUUAAUUAUUACUAUCAGUUUAUAUUCACACAGUUUUAUUUUUUUUUCUUACACGUCGUAAUUUAUUUAAAAAGCAAUAGGUAACUAUUAAGUUAAAUUUAGUUUCAUA